AUGGCACUUCUUUUAGGGACACCUGGCUCUGGAAAGACCACGUUCUUAUUGGCGUUGUCUGGAAAACUGGGUAAAACUAAUCUAAAAUUUUCGGGGAGAGUUACAUACAAUGGAAGUGAGAUGGAUGAGUUUGUAUCAGACAGGAUGUCAGCUUAUGUUACUCAACACGAUCUACAUAUUCCAGAACUGACAGUGAGAGAGACACUGGCUUUUGCAGCUAGAUGUCAAGGUGUUGGACCACGUUAUGAAAUGUUGGUGGAAUUAUUAAGGAGAGAAAAGGCUGCAAAUAUUAUGCCAGAUCUUGAUCUUGAUCUCUACAUGAAGGCAGCAGCACUAGAAGGACAGGAAGCUAAUAUAGUUACGGACUUUAUUCUUAAGAUUUUGGGACUCGAAGAUUGUGCUGACAUUAUGGUAGGAGACGAAAUGACCAGAGGUAUAUCUGGUGGACAGAAAAAGAGACUCACCACAGGGGAGAUGCUGGUUGGACCAGAAAGAGUGCUUCUGAUGGAUGAAAUAUCCAAUGGGCUGGACAGCUCAACAACAUUGCAAUUAGUGAAAUCACUACAACAAUAUGUCCACAUUCUGAACGGAACUGCAUUAAUCGCUCUACUGCAGCCAGCACCGGAGACAUACGAUCUCUUUGAUGAUAUAAUUCUCCUCUCGGAUGGCUACAUCGUUUAUCAGGGUCCACGUGAGAAUGUUCUUGAGUUCUUUGAGUACAUGGGCUUCAAAUGUCCAGAGAGGAAAGGAGUUGCUGAUUUCCUGCAAGUGGUGACAUCAAGAAAAGAUCAAGAGCAAUACUGGGCUCAUAGGGAUAGGCCUUAUAGAUUUGUAACAACCAAAGCAUUCUCUGAAGCAAUGCAGUUAUUUCACAUCGGUAGAAAAGUUGGUGAUGAGCUUUCUAUUCCAUUUAACAAGUCCGAAGGCCACCCUGCUGCAUUGUCAACUAAAAAGUAUGGUGUUAAUAAGAAGGAAUUGUUCAAAGCUUGUAUGGCCAGACAAAUUUUGCUUACAAAGAGGAAUUCGUUUGUCUACAUUUUCAAAUUGGUUCAGCUUAUUCUAGUUGCUCUUACAACAAUGACAUUAUUUUUACGUACUGAGAUGCACCGGAACACAGUAGCAGAUGGUGGGAUUUAUAUGGGAGCUUUAUUCUAUACACUACUCGCAAUUAUGCUUAAUGGGUUUCCUGAGCUUCAUAUGACAGUCACUAGACUGCCUGUGUUUUUCAAGCAAAGGGACCAUCUGUUCUAUCCUGCUUGGGCAUACUCUUUACCCACAUGGAUGAUAAGGAUCCCUAUAACUUUUGUGGACGUUUCCAUCUGGGUGAUCAUAACUUACUACCCUAUAGGUUAUGAUCCGAGCAUUGAAAGGAACAUGACUAUUGCAAAUACAUUUGGAUUUGGUGCUUUACUUGUCAUUCUUGGUCUGGGUGGCUUUGUCAUAUCACAAGAGGAUAUGAAGAAAUGGCUGUUGUGGGGAUAUUGGCUCUCACCAUUCACAUAUGGACUGAAUGCCAUCGCUGUCAAUGAAUUUCUUGGAGAAAGUUGGAGACAUGUUCCUGCCAACUCAACAGAAGCAUUAGGAGUUAUGGUUUUGAAGUAUCGAGGCAUAUUUCCGGAGGCACGCUUCUACUGGAUUGGAUUAGUAGCUUUGAUUGGAUUUAUUCUUCUGUUGAAUUUCCUUUUCACCUUGGCACUUCAGUAUCUUGAUCCACUUGAGAUGCCCCAAGCAGUACUAUCCAAUGAGGCAUCCUCCACAACAGAAGAUAGCAGAGUUGCAAGCAAUCCUACUAGGCAGCAUGGCAUGGUUCUUCCAUUUGAACCCCUUUCAAUUACUUUCGAGGAAAUCAGAUAUGCUGUUGAUUUGCCUAAGGAAAUGAAAGAUCAAAGCAAAACUGGGGAUCGGCUAGAACUUCUUAAGGGCGUGAGUGGUGCUUUUAGGCCUGGAGUUCUAACAGCUUUGAUGGGUGUUAGUGGCGCUGGAAAAACCACUCUCAUGGAUGUCUUGGCAGGAAGGAAGACAAGUGGAUAUAUUGAGGGUAGAAUCACCUUAUCUGGAUAUGCAAAAAGGCAAGAAACAUUUGCUCGCAUAUCAGGAUACUGUGAGCAAACAGAUAUACACUCCCCUCAUGUCACUGUUUACGAGUCUUUGGUUUAUUCUGCAUGGCUCCGGUUGCCCCGUGAGGUUGAUUCCCCAACCAGAAAGAUGUUUAUUGAGGAAGUCAUGGAGCUUGUAGAAAUGGCCUCAAUAAGUGACAGACUUGUUGGAUUUCCAGGAGUGAAUGGUCUCUCAACUGAACAACGCAAAAGGCUAACAAUUGCAGUAGAGCUUGUUGCCAACCCCUCGAUAAUAUUUAUGGAUGAGCCGACCUCUGGCCUUGAUGCUAGGGCAGCAGCAAUUGUAAUGAGAACAGUGAGGAAUACAGUGGACACCGGGAGAACUGUAGUUUGUACCAUCCACCAACCAAGCAUUGAUAUAUUUGAUGCUUUUGAUGAGAUGUUGCUUUUGAAACCGGGGGGUGAAGAAAUAUAUGUUGGCCCUUUAGGUCACCAUUCUUCCCAGAUGAUCGAAUACUUUGAGGAGAUUUGUGGAGUUUCUAAAAUAAAGGAUGGUUACAAUCCGGCAACUUGGAUGUUGGAGGUUACUUCUCCAGCACAAGAAGCAUCUCUUGGGGUUGAUUUUGCAUACAUAUACAAAAAUUCAGAAAUACUUAGGAAAAAUAAGGCAUUGAUAAAAGAACUAAGUACUCCUGCACCAAAUUCAAAGGACUUGUACUUCCCAACACGAUAUUCACAGUCUUUCUUCACCCAGUGUCUAGCUUGCCUAUGGAAACAGCAUGUAUCGUAUUGGCGAAACCCUCAAUACACUGCGGUGAGACUUCUUUUCACAGCUAUGAUGGCUGCACUACUUGGAUCAUUUUUCUGGGAUCUUGGUUCCAAAAGACAAAAGCAAAGAGAUCUCUUUAGCGCGAUGGGUUCUAUGUACGCUGCUGUUCUCUUUAUUGGUAUACAAAAUUCCUUAUCAGUGCAGCCAGUUGUAUGUGUUGAGAGGUUGGUCUCUUACAGAGAAACGGCAGCUGGAAUGUACUCGGCUUUUCCAUUUGCCUUUGGACAGGCCGUCAUUGAGAUCCCAUACACUUUGAUCCAGACUAUCAUAUAUGGGGUUAUAGUAUACUCCAUGGUUGGAUUUGAUUGGACGGUCAGCAAGUUCUUUUUUUAUCUAUUGUUCAUGUACCUCACCUUCUUAUACUUCACCUUCCAUGGGAUGAUGAUUGUGUCAAUUACACCGAGCAACACCAUGUCUGCUGUAGUUUCAUCCGCCUUCUACCCAUUAUGGAAUGUCAUUUCAGGAUUUCUCAUUCCCAAAACAAGAAUUCCAAUAUGGUGGAGAUGGUUCUAUUGGGUCAGCCCGACCUCUUGGAGCUUGUAUGGAUUGUUUUCUUCCCAGUUUGGAGGCCUCAAGGACACCCUUGAUUCCGGUGAAACUGUAGAUCAUUUUAUAAGCACAUAUUUUGGAUAUAGGAAAGACUUUCUAGGUGUUGUUGUAGCUGUACUUAUUGGGUUUUCAGCGUUCUUUGUGUUCAUCUUUGCUUUUGCAAUCAAGAAACUAAACUUCCAAAAGAGAUGA